AAGUUUUAAAUGAAAAUUUAAAUAAUUCAUCAUCUAGUGAAAUUAGCGAAAUUAGUGAAAACUUUAAUUCAAAUAAUGAUGAAAUAUGUGAUUUAUCAUCUGAAUUUAUUAAUGGUCUUCAUCUUUUAAAUAUUAAAAAAAAUCAUAAUUUAACUGAACAAGCAUUUAAUGAUAUUAUGAAUACAUUUAUUGGAAGCAAAAUGAGUCUUUUUCGGAUUGAAUCAAUUAAUGCAAUCAAAUUUGGACGUUUAAUUACAAGAGAUGGACAUCAAAUUAGCAGUUCUUGGAUAAAAAAUAAAAAUGAUUAUUCACGAAAUAAUUAUUGUAUAGCA